AACAAAUUGAAUAGGUUCAACAGCAAAUAUUUUGUUUUCAUAUUAUAUAAUGGCUAGCAGCUCAGAGCCGGGACCUGCUGAUACAAGUCAACCUGAGAACGAUCAAGCUAAAUCACCCAGUGUCGAAUGCUCGCCAAAAAAAGGUCUCACCACUUUAUCUACCAGCACCAGUAGCUAUGAGCCUCUGGAGACUCAUGAUCCCACGCUGAACAGGCUGGCGGUCACAAUGUUCCAAAAGGUCCACGAGUACCUCCAAGCAGAGCUGACCAGUUCAGAGAGUGAAUACCAGCUGCUUGAACAGAUGAACAAAGUCACAGCGGCUAAAUACAAAGAUCUGACCCAAGUGGCUGCCAACGUUGGAAAGGGAAUCAUUGAGCUCAAUGCAAAAUUCAAAAGUCUAGAAGUAUACCUGGAACAAAUUGAUCAGAUUGAGGACAACAUUUCAAAGCUCGAACACGCUGCUUACAAACUUGAUGCCUACACAGUCAGAUUGGAAAACAAGUUCAAAGCAUUGACAGCUGAGAAGCGGUAGCAAUGUAAAUUUUAAAUUAUCUGUUUGGAUGCCACUAAUACAAAAAAAUGAUUGAAUAAUACAUUGUAUAUCUGUCUAAA